AUGCCGGCUGCUUUCGUCAAAGAACACAAGAAGAUGUUGGCUAAGACGGCCUUACUGAAAACAGAUGAAGGGAUGAUUUGUAAAGCUAAGAUGGUGAGGAAUGCAUCUGAUUAUUUAAUAGGUGAAGGAGACUGGCCACUGUUUGUGUUACAUCACAAGUUGGAGGUAGGAAACAUGUUGAUCUUCUUUCUCAUCAACAAGUCCACCUUCCAAGUCCUGCUAUACUCAAAGAAAUGUCUUACCAACAUUAGACAUUUUGAGGAAUUUAGCAGUUCGGAAGAUGAGGUAGAAAACAUUAAUGAAGCAUCAACAAGAUCAAAGAAAGUAAAAAUGGAGGCAGUGCAAUUAUCAGAAAAAAGGGUUGAUCCAUCAGGUGGCUCCAAAGAUGGGGGAAAUCCAUGCUAUUCACAUUUAGGUAAAUCUGAUGCCAAAUCUUCUGAGACUAACAAAGCGAAUGGAGUAAACAUGGAGACAGUAAUUCUUUCAGAUUUUGAAGAAGAGAGGGUUGAUCCAUCCAGUGGCUCUGAAGAUGGGGGAAAUCCAGGAGGUCAAUCUGAUGCCAAAGCUAAUAACAUGCUCGGCCUGAAGAAGAAAGCUCUCGAGACUAAUGAAGCGAAAGAGGCUGCCAAGGAUCCUGACAAACCUAAGAGCCCUGCAAGAGCUUUCCAUGUUAAGCGAGGAUGGAGGUCUGACAAGAAUCCAAACAAACCCAAGAGGCCUGCAGGUGCUUUCUUCAUUUUCUUGAAUGACUUUAGGAAGCAGUUCAAGGAGGAGAAUCCAAAUAAUAAAUCUAAGGUCCCUAUCCAUAUAGCUGGUGGAGAGAAGUGGAAACAGUUGUCAGAUGCUGAAAAAGCUCCUUACAUAGCAGAGACAAGGAAAUGCCUGGAUGAUUACCUUAAGAAGAAGGAUGCUUAUAAGAAGUGA